GUUACGAGACUAGGGUUUAGUGACUUGUGUUGCGCGAAGAUCCUGUCGAUCGAUCUCCUCUGCCUCUGAGAGCUAUGGCGAAGAACAGAAACAAGAAGAAGAGAAAUGAUUCAACAGCUAUGGACAUCGCCUCCGAUCAAACGGUCUUAGAUCUCCCUCAAGCAAUGGAUACGUCAGAGUCUGCGGCUCCAAAAGCACCUCUCGGUACCUCUACUAUCAAGUUAAAAAGGGGAGUACAGAUGAAGAGAUCAAAGAACGUCCGAAAGAUGAAAGCCAUGGCAAAAGCCGUAUCUAAAAAUGAGAAAUCCUUGGAGAAAAUUUUGAAGCAGGAAAGCAAGACAUCCAGAACACAAUCUGCCAAAAAACUGUAUGAUUGAGUGACUUACUGCAUCUUUUCUGUAGAAUAGGCUUAGAAAAAGGAUCAUCAUUUUUGAGGUUUCCAUACCAACUUUCUAUAAAAAUUGUUUACUAUGUUGAGUAUGAACAUCAUUUUUAGCUUAAGCUUGAUUGAAUAUGUGCAACCUGAAUUGACUGUAUUCAGUUAUAUAACCAAUAUUCUCGCAAUUCACUAUAGGAUGUGGGUUUUGGUUAAUUUCAUGUGUGAUAGCAUCCUAAUUGACUAUAUUCAGUUAUAACCAAUAUUCAAACAA